AUGUCAGGCGGAGAGUUGAUUUCUGUGGAUUAUGAAGUAUUUGGAAGAGUACAGGGCGUCUUUUUUCGGAAAUAUACACAGGCCCAGGGCAAGAAGCUUGGACUUGUCGGGUGGGUCCAAAACACAAGUAUGGGAACCGUGCAAGGGCAGGUCCAGGGUCCGCACAAGAAAGUGAAAGAAAUGAAAGAGUGGCUGAAAUCCACAGGAAGUCCCAAGUCACAGAUUACUAAGGUGGAGUUCAAGAACCAGAGAGAAGUUGACCAUCUGGAACAUUCAUCUUUUGACAUUGUAAAAUGA